ACCAUUGUGUCAUAAGAAAGCAAUAUUUGGCUCUUUUACAAAAUUACUGGUGAAAGAGAACCUUUCGUGCUACUUAAUUAUUAUUGCCUUUGUAAUAACGCGCGAAACACAAAUCUUCUCUGCUAAUGCAGUAGUCAUGUGCUGACUCCGUCAAACUCCAAGAAGUUAGUGGCUAAGUUUUACAGAAAGUGAUUGGGCACUUCAAUGGCUUUCACAAAUGAACAAGAUGGAGGAUCUAAGGGAUUUGUGAAGAGAGUGGCUUCAUCUUUCUCCAUGAGGAAGAAGAAGAAUGCAACAAGUGAACCCAAGUUGCUUCCAAGAUCGAAAUCAACAGGUUCUACUAACUUUGAAUCCAUGAGGCUACCUGCAACGAAGAAGAUUUCAGAUGUCACAAACAAAACAAGGAUCAAACCAUCAGGUAGUGUAACACCAUCACAACCAAGAAGGGAAAAGAUCGAUGAUCGUGGUGGUGGGACGAAUAACAAGUUUGGAAAAUGGAGAAGCUUUGAUGAUAGUGAUUCCAUUUGGUUAUCUUCAGAUUGUGCAUCUCCUACUUCUCUUCUUGAGGAACGCAGGUUAUCUGUUUCGUUUCGUUUCUCGGUUGAUGAGAGUGUAGUCUCUUGGUUAUCAAACCUUGCUAAAGCUUCCCUUUCUCUGAAUCAUCAAGAAGUAAGUUCCAUUAAAGACCGUCCCAGAAUCCCAAGAAACACUAAAGAGAACAUACAGAAGAAAGAUUCAUUUAGUUCUGCUCCUAAUCUCACCGCUAUUGAUUCUUCUACUCAGAGUUCACAAGGAAAGAAAGUUAGCUUUUCACAAUCUUCAGGUAUAGAACUUGAAUCAGGAAAUCAUUCUCCUUCUCUGAUAAUCUCCUCUGAUGUACCAUCUGAUCCGAAUAAUCACACGGCAACUUCUUUGGUUCGUAAGAUAAGUUUGGAUGAGAAAAGUGCAGAGAUUGUGGAUUCUAAGAGCAGUAGUAGUAGUGUCGAUGAGCCGCUUUUCUGGCCAUAUGAACAGAGAUUUGAUUGGACACCUGAGGAUAUCUUGAAGCAUUUCUCAAUGUCACCUCGGAGAAAGAAAUUAUUGAAUGCCAAAGUUUCUGCAGGUAGCUCUCCAAGAUCCAUGAGAGCACAACUUCUCCAAGCAAGAAAACUAGACCUUAAAGAUGGUAGUAAGAGAAAGCUUGUGUUCAAUGGCCCUUUAACAAACGCAUCCAAGAUUCCAGAGCUCAAAAGAACUAUCAGCAAUAACAGCAACAAGAAAAAUGACAGCAUCAAGAACGAGCCCAUUAGGAACUGCGUGAAGAGGAACAAAAGUUUGCCAUCAAGGUUGAGAAAAUCAAGCAAAACAUGUUCAAAGGUUGUACCUUUUGAAGUUGCUGAAGAAGUGAUUGCAGCAGAGAGAGCCAAAGUGGAAAUAACAGCUAGAAAGCUCAUAAACCGCAGAAGCAAGACAAUGUUGGAAGAUGAUUUCGCAUUGAUUAAUGAUUUCUCAAUAGAAAACGCAGUGGGGCUUGGUGAGUUCAAGGGUAGAGAGGGAGCUACUCUAUAUCAAGUCAAGGGCAAAGAAGAGGACUCCACGCCACCUGAAAGUCCAAAUGGAGCCGCUUCAACAUUUCUCAUCGCCGCUCGAGUUUUUAACGCUAUGAAUCGCCGAAUGUAUGCUGCUACUACUCGAUCAUUUGCCAAAUCCAUCUCCGCCGAAUCCCUAAAUCCUCGUACCGAUUCCAAUUUCAAUUCAGAAGCAGCCAAUGGAACUUCUGAGUCUGAGACUCGAGUCUCUUUAAGGAAGAAAAGGCUAAAGCAUGAAGAUUUGGAGAAAUGUUCCAGCAGAGGAAUCAAUGCCCUCAAGGAGAUGUGUGGAUUACCUGAUAUAGAAGACUCUCCUUACAAGAAGACUAAUGGAUCUGCUUCAUCUAGUAAGGGCGAGAAAACUAAACUCAUAUAUAAAUCAACAGAAGCUAGCCCUUCUGCAUCGUCGAUCAAAACAGCAGGCAUACCACCUGAAAACUGGAAAAAGGUGCUCGAGGGUAUUCAAAAAUUGAAAUCUUCAGAAGAAGCACCAGUUAAUGCUGUAGAAUGUGAUAGAACCGGAAGCUUUUUACCUCCAAAGGAAAGGCGAUUUUAUGUGCUCAUAGGAACACUUCUUUCAAGUCAGACUAAAGAGCACAUAACUGGUGCGGCAGUAGAACGACUUCAUCAGAAUGGCCUUCUCACUCCUGAAGCCAUUGACAAAGCCGAUGAAUCAACCAUUAAGGAAUUGAUCUAUCCGGUUGGAUUCUAUACUAGAAAGGCUGCUAAUGUGAAGAAAGUUGCAAAAAUAUGUCUAACUAAAUAUGACGGUGACAUUCCAAGGACUUUGGAAGAACUACUCUCACUUCCAGGAGUUGGUCCUAAGAUUGCUCAUCUGGUUUUGCAUGUAGCCUGGAAUGAUGUUCAAGGGAUAUGUGUAGACACACAUGUGCAUCGUAUUUGCAAUAGACUUGGUUGGGUGUCUAAACCAGGAACGAAACAGAAAACCUCGUCCCCUGAGGAAACUAGGGUAGCUCUGCAACAGUGGCUUCCAAAAGAAGAAUGGGUGGCUAUUAACUUUCUGUUGGUUGGUUUUGGACAAACGAUAUGCACACCGCUAAGGCCACGCUGUGGAACUUGUAGUAUCACUGAGCUCUGCCCUUCUGCCUUCAAGGAGACUCCGAGCACAUCAUCAAAAUUGAAGAAAUCUAUCAAAAGCAAGAAACUUUAGUUGAUUUGGCUCUGGAUUCUCCUUCUAGAUCAUUUUUAACCCAUUUUGUGAUUAGUCCUCGGUAACAGUUAAAUUGUAGCCAAGAAAUUGUAUAGCUUUAU